ACUCUAUCUUUCUAAAUAUGACGAUGAAGCUAAUGCUGUUGCUCCUUAGCUGUCACAUUGCUUCUGCAGUGAAACACUCACUGGUGUAUUUUGUUACUGAAUCCUCUGAAGUCCGAAACAUCCCAGAGUUUAUGGCAGUUGCAGAGGUUAAACACACUGAGUUUGGUUACUGUGACAGCAGCAAAAAGGUAUUGGAAACAAGACAAGACUGGGUCCAACAAACAUUAAAUAAUGACAAGGCUCAGUUGGAUUCGUACAAUGAACUUUGCUUUGCGAUACUGCCAUACCUCUUCAGAAAGUGGAUUUCAAAAUGGCAGCAGCUGGCCAGCCAAAGUGAAGCUGUCAACACUUUACAGAUGAUAGAAGGGUGUGAAUGGGAUGAAAACACUGGAGAGGUGAAUGGUGUGAUACAGUAUGGUUAUGAUGCAGAAAACCUUCUUGAAUUUGAUCUUAAAAUGAUGCAAUGGAUUGCACUGAAACCAGAAGCUGACAUUAUCGAACAGGACUGGAAUGCUAAUGGAAACUCAGCAGAAACAAUCUUCCUCACUGAGACUUGUCCUGAUUGGCUGAAGAAAUAUUUGAAAAAUGGGAACAGCACCCUGCUGAGAAAAGUUUUUCCUUCCAUUUCUCUCCUCCAGAAGACUCCCUCCUCUCCAGUCAGCUGCCACGCUACAGGUUUCUACCCUCAAAGGGCCAUGAUGUUCUGGAGGAAAGAUGGAGUGGAGAUCCAUGAGGGUGUGGAUCCUGGAGAGAUCCUGCCCAACAAUGAUGGGACCUUCCAGAUGAGUGUUGGCCUGAAUGUUUCAUCAGUCACACCUGAGGAGUGGAAACGAUAUGAGUGUGUGUUUCAGUUUUCUAACGCUGAGGACAGCAUCAUUACCAACCUGAAUAAAACCGUCAACUGGCGAAAAAACAAAUUUAGACAUGAUCAAAAAAUCCUCAUCAUUGCUGCAGUGGUUGUUCUUGUUGUCAUCAUCAUUGCUGUCACUGUCAUUGCCAUUCACAAAGUGAAAGAAGGCAGAUGCCCUACCUCCUCUCCUCAGAACACGAUAGAACUCUCCAAAAGACACAGACAGACAGAGGAGUCUACACAGUGUUAGCACCUCCAGUUAACACUGUGAACAAACAAGAACCGAGAAGAUUUUCUAUUUCAGUUUUCUUUUAUGUAAACAUGACUUUUUACACAAAAUCUUUUUUCCCUUUGUUAUUGUUUUAAAUUCAAGUUAACUUGUAAUAACUCAGGUAAAAUGCAUUUUAAUAUUUUAUCAUAUCAUAUUUACUAUAGCACUGCUAUAGCUAUUAAUGAUAUAAUGUAUAUAUAGUUUGUAUGGUGUAUGGUAAAUGGUCUGUAUUUAUAUAGCGCUUUUCUAGUCCCUAAGGACCCCAAAGCGCUGAUGAUCAGGUGGUGGGGGAGAAUGCUGGUCAGACGUGUUCCUUGGUGGAUGUGUCGUUGAUUGAGAAAAAAUGAGUAGACACAUGAAUAUGGUGUUCGUUCACACCGUUUUUUAAGAAUCUUUUUCAUUUUGUAGGUUAUUUUGAAUGUGUUAAAAUAACAUUCGGUAAAAUAAUGUAAAGAAGAAUGAGAUUCCUGAGCCCUGAUACAGUCAGAAAUUAAGGAAAAGGCCUGAAAUCCAGCCUUUGGGGGUGUAAUGUAGCACAGAGUGACAGAGUUAUAUGUAAGUGCUUUUGCUGAUAGUUAUUUCUGCUCUAAUCACAUCAGAAAUGUAAUCAAAAUAUAAUCAAGAAUUAAUAAAGUCAAACAAGAAAAUAAUCACUACAAAUAAAUAAUUCUAAUAACCUUUCAACCCAGACGUUCUCUGUGUGUGUACUGCACAACGUCACAUCUGCACUCUUUCUGUGCAGAUGUCACCUUAAACUCGUAUGUGAGUAUAAAGAAUAGAAUGAUGGAGGAAAACAAUGUAUUUUUGUUUAAAAUAAGGAAUCCUGUUGAAAUUAUGCAAAAUGAAGUGAAUUAUGGUAAGUAUGUAUCAAUUGUAAGAAAAUAGCUUUUACUACAGGGGUGAGGGGAGGGGGGAAAGAGAACAACGAGGUCAGCUCAAAUCGGAUUUUUCCAUGUGUUAAGUAUUAUAGUGAAUAAGAGCUUAAGAAUUUAGAUGUCUACACAGUGUUUUGUUAGAAAUGGUGACAGUGUAGAAGUUUCAAAGUAAAGGGACACUAAGUACUAUGAUAAGGUGGGUCAUCGGUACCAUGUGAGACAAAAACAUCGUCAGGUAUCUCAGCCACGGUUGCUCUCAUGGUCACUAAGACAACAAGUUAUUGGGUGAAGGAUGAAAGAAUAGAGAAAACAUCUAGGACAUGUGUAACAGAGCAGGAGCUGUACCUCUAAGCUUGGGUACUCACUUCUGGGAAGUUAGCUGUAUCUGUGG